CUUUUUUUUCCCAUCACCUCUUCCCGUGCUUUAAUAUUUCCUUCUUUUUGUUUCCCACCUCCUUCUUCCUCUUUUCCUUUCUCUCUUUCAGCAUCAACAAUGUCGUCUCUGUUUGCUGAGCAAUCCAACGACCUUCUUUCACCUCAACAAAAUGCACAGCAACAACGACGACGAAGUAGCGUGGAUAUCCGUGGCCAGUCCGUUGCUCCCGACAUACUAGUUGCUCUACUCGACCGACCACAAGAAAUGCGCAUUCUUGCAUCGCGCAACCCUAAAUUUUAUGAAGCACUUGAAAACUAUAUCACCGAAACGCAAGGUCUUGACGCAUGGGUUCAGUUCCAAGACAUUGCAUAUGCUCCGCGCGACGACUUACCCGACCGUGACUGGAUGGCUGCAAUUGCCAAAUUUUUGAAACAGAACCCAGUCUUUUUGACGAAAUUCAAGGAAAGCGUGGGCUACUAUGACAACGAUGAUGAAGAUGGUCACAGUAUCCGCUCAGACGACGACAAUACAGAAGAUGAAGAAAUCGCCACCAGCAGUGGCGGCGAGGACGAUUUUGCAGCGUUGGUACAAGAACGUGGCGAAUUUGACGAAGAUUCACCACCACCCCGCCGCAAGUCCUCACAGCUGAUGCAUCCUGCGCUUGUGGUUGCACAGGAUGCCACAGGACCACAACAACGACAGCCAGCACACCACCAGCAACAUUACCACUCUGCAGCAGCACAACGGUCCGUUUUAGCCACUCUACGCGAUUAUCCAGAUAUCCAAGCACGGUUACCGCUCAUGUGUCCGGCGUUUUUCCGAAAAGUGCGGCAACGCAUGGCAUGUCCGCCCGCUUCGAAAUUGUCAAGUGCAGCAAGACGCAACUCUAUUUUGGAGGACACAAUCUUUGAAGAGGACAAUGGUGAAGACAACCCACGCUUCUCAUUUUGUGACCAAGAAGAAUCCUUUGAAUGUUUCCAAGAUGCAGUUACAACCACGCGUAGGGAGCAACCAGAUGAUCAGCGCUGGUUACAUAGUGUGGUAGAGUCACUGGAAGGCUACCCGGAACUUUUGGAUAAUUUACGAGAAAUUGCCGCCUCUUUGGAUGAUGCCCAUGAUCAACAACAGUACCAGCAACAACAGCAAUAGUGUAGUAAUAACUUGUAAAUACGGAAUCUAUUGACCAGUGUAAUUUGCAUGACAUAAAUAUAAUUAUGACGAAGACGUGUUUGAAGAAUGGAUAGCGUUGGUAAUAGGAAGAUGAAGAUGAAAAAUACCAACAAAAUGCCAUUUUGAAUACGGCCAAUAGUAGAGAAAACACGAGGUGAGGCACAAAUGUUGACAUCCUUUUUUUUUUUU